AUGAGCAUGCGUACAUCUGAGAGUAGUAAUAAUAUUUAUUGUAAGAAUGAAUGCUCGAAGUAUGUUUAUGGAAAAUUGUAUGAACUGAUUAAAGAUUUGAAUAACUAUAAUGUACAAUGUUAUAUUAAUAAUGAGAAGAAAAUAAAUUUAUAUGAAGAUUUUAAAUAUAAGAAAAAGAAAAAAAUUGAAUUUAUGUCCAUCGUAGAUUAUUAUGGAGGGUUGAAAAAUAAUGAAUAUGAGUUUUUUAUAAUUCCUAUUAUAUUUAAUAAACAUAAUGAAAUAUUAUAUAUGGGUGUAUCUAUAUUUUUUAAAAAUAAAUUUUUUGAAGAAUAUAAAACGAAUAAUUAUAAUUACAUCGAACUAUUUAUAUAUAAUGUAAAGAAUGAAGAAACAAAUAAUAAUUUUUAUCCUCAUAUGGAUAUUAUUCAAGAAAAGAAAAAAAAUACUUUUUUAAAUUUUCUUAUAAAUCUAGAUGAUUUAAACAAACAUCAUAGACAAACAAAUAAUCAUAUUGAAAAAAAGAAUACAUGUUCUGAUAAAAAUAUUUAUAAUAAUGAUGAUGAUGAUGUAUAUAAUGUAUGUACUAAGAAAAACUUAUAUAGUUAUGAUAAUAUAAUAAAUGUAUGUAAUGAACAAAUAUGUGAUAAAAAAAUUUGUGAUGAACACAUAUAUGAUAAUGAUAAAAUUAACAAACUGGUUCCUAAUACGAAUAGUACAUGUACACAUAAUAUUUCUAAUUAUCUACAUAACGAAAAAAUAAGUGGGGAUUAUAAGAAGAUACAAUUGCCCAUCAAAAUUGAUGAUCACUAUAUUUUAUGUAGUGAUGGGGUGGUAAAACUAAAGAAUGAAGAAAAUGCAGAAUUUAUUAAUGAUACAAAGAAAAAAUCAAUUUCAUCAAUGUAUCAGACAUUUACAUAUAGUAAUACUACUAUACAAGGAACAACGAGAAAAAGCGGGAUCGAAAAAAAUAAUAAUGAUAAUAUUUAUAAGGGUCUUGUUACUACAGAUAACCACCAUGUCGUGAGGAAAGAAGAGACCAUUAAUAAAUAUCAAAACUAUAAUUAUUCAUAUACUAAAAAUGAAUUAAAUAGGGUUUAUGAAAAUGUUCGUAAUAAAGAAAAUGAUAAGAAAGAUGAUGGGUCUUGUGGGCCUUCUUUAGUGAAAUAUAAUGAGGAGAUAUAUCAUGCUAACAUUUCUAUACAAAGAAAGGAGAUGACUGUGGGGAGGUUGGAAGAGAAAAAAAUGGGAGAUAUCUCAGGGGGGGUUAACAAAAGCAUCAAUGUUGAUGAUAAUAAAAAGAACAAUGUUGAUGGUAAUAAAAAGAACAAUGUUGAUGAUAAUAAAAAGAACAAUGUUGAUGGUAAUAUAAACGACCAUGUUGAUGGUAAUCAAAACGACCAUGUUGAUGGUAAUCAAAACGACCAUGUUGAUGGUAAUCAAAACGAUCAUGUUGAUGAUAAUAAAAAGAACAAUGUGACCAAUUCGGUAAACACUUAUUGUUCAUAUAAAUAUAGUGCUAGUUGCGCUAAGGAGAAGGUGGAAUGCAAGAAUUAUUUAAGUGAAGAUAUAAAAAUAAGGAGCCCCCCCCAAAAAAAAGAUGAGGAAAAUGUAAAGAUAAAUAAUAUGUUCAAAUGUGGUUCUUAUAGCUUUAAAGGAAAUAGGACUUAUAACGAAGAUAGAGUGAUUAUUAUUGAGGACAUGAAUAAUUUUUUAAAAGAAGAAUACGAUAUAUUAACAAAAAAAGAAAAAAAUGAAUAUGAAUUAAUUGAUGAAGAAUAUUUAAAUAUAAUUAAUAAUAUAAAAGAUAUGGAAACACCAUCUUAUAUUUAUUGUGCUAUAUAUGAUGGUCAUAAUGGUGAUAAUGCUGUAAAUAUAGUACAGAAAUUAUUACAUAUACAUAUGUAUUAUUAUUUUAUAAACGGAAAUGGUUUAGAAAAUUCUUUAAAAUAUUCAUUUGAAGAAACAGAUAAUUAUUUAUGUAAAAAUAUUAUAAAUAUAAAAGAAGAAAAUCAUUCUAAUUAUUCCAGUGGUACUACAGCAUGUGUCAGCGUUAUAUUUAAAAACAUGUUAUAUGUUGCCAAUAUAGGUGAUAGUAGAUGUAUCAUAAGUAAAAAUGGUAGAGCUAUAGUUCUUACAGUAGAUCAUAGGGCUAGUAUUAAUAAAAAAGAAGAAGAUCGAAUUUUAAAAUCAGGAGGAAUUUUAGAUGAUGAAGGAUAUUUAGGUGGUUGUUUAGGAGUAUGUCGAGGAUUUGGUUCUUUUCAUAAAAAAACAAAAGAAAAAUUAAAAGGUCUCAUAUGUGAACCUGAUAUAUUUCAUAUUAAAUUAACAGACGAUGAUGAAUUCUUAAUUAUUUGUUGUGAUGGUAUUUUUGAUGUUAUAACAUCACAAGAAGCUGUUAACACAGUUAAAAAUUCUUUAAUACAAUCAAGAGAUGCUAAUACAGCUGCACAAGCUUUAUGUCAACUAGCUUAUAAAAAAAAAUCAUUGGAUAAUUUAUCUGUCCUUGUGGUUAUAUUUCAAAACCCGGAUAAGAAUAAUAAGGUCUCUUCAAUAAAUGAAUCUUCUGGAAUAUACUCAGGUCAAGCUGGACGCGUUCGCCGACGAAUCAAGUUUUCUGCUUUGAAGGAUUUAAUAAAUCAAUAG